GUACUGAUGGAGUAUGGGGUCGAUGGUCGGGUAGUAUGGCGUCGUUAAAUGAUAAAGACUGCACCGGAUCAGGAUCAUGUAGUGGAAGUGUUCAUGAUGAUGGAGGAUUUGGUGAUGAGGUGUUUAUGGCGAAUGAAUCGAGUAGUUCUAAUGUUUUAACAAGAAAUCCUCGUAAACGAUCAAAAAAGCGUGUUAAAAAGAGCAUGGCAUAG